AUGGCACAGUGGCUGCAGAACGCCCUGGCGGAUGCGCUGGGGUUCUCGGAGACGCAGGACAUCGCGGCAUUCAUAGACUCGAUCGAGUCCAAGGACGGUAUCUAUGAGGCCGUCGUGCAAAUGAUCGGCGAAGAAAAGAGCGCCACGGCGCAUACCAUUGCUGCUCGACUUGUCGACGAACGGUGGCGGACAAGAAGAGAAAGCGAUGCCUCCUCGCCCGCUGAAAUCGCCAAGCCCAAACCCCGCCCGCCCCAUGCAAGCCCCAUUACAAAUUGCUUGGAAUGUGGCUUUAUUGAAUACCACGGCGCCGCUGCCUGUGCCUCGUGUGGCGCAUGCCUCCAUUACGUGGACGAACGACCGGACGCCCACGAUGCCCGCGCACAUCGCGAUCGGCUUCUCGCAAACGACGCAUCCCUUUCCCAACGAACAGUUGUACAUGACAUGAAUGCUCAUUUCGAUGCGGACAAGCUCGCACGCGACGACGCGGCUGCGGUUGCAUCAGCCAUGACAAUUCACAUCGACUUGGUCAAUCGAUCCAUUGAAGCGGCGCCAAUGGCAUCUGAUCAAGCAGACAUGAUGGCAAGCCUCGUGCAUCACUUAGAGCGCGACGUGCACAAGGUGGCCAAGCGCGCGCCACCUCCGCUAGCACAUGCUGCCACGGUGGAAGACUUUGACGAAAUCGCCACAGAGUAUGUGUAAGCAGCGUUCUCCGUUGAUGCUGGCCGCGCCAAGGCAAUUCAUUGGCGCUACUCGUAUAUUAGACUUGCCACCGUCCUGUGUGUACUAUUGCUGCUUGGCCAGUUUGCGAUGCAAUGCAUCCAAAAUCUUCUUGAUGCGAUCCAGCAUCACUUGGUCCGACGAGGAGCAAUUCUUGCUGUCAUACGGAGGGUGGAUGACGACUUCCAUGACGCGGAUGUGUUGGCCUUCCCAGUGACAGGGCAUCGUUUUGCUCAGCGCGUCGAAGAUAGACUGGCCGAACGGGGACACGUUCUUUCCAAUGGAGGCGAGGGCUUUUUCAGCCAACUCGCGGCUCUGCAACUCCAGUUUUUGCAGCUUGUCCUCAGAAACAGCGCACGGCGGGCCAGAUGACCGAGCCGUGAGCGACGAUUCCCACGAAUCUUCGUCUUUCUCGAUAAUCUCGACGCUCUGGACUGAUGCGAUGUUCAAGAGUUGAGUCGAGUCCACACUCUUGACGACCAGAAAGCCAGACACAGGAUCCAACGUAUACACGCUGCCUUCAAUCAGGGGGGCAUCAUCGAAUAACUUGACACGGAUCCAAGUGUCCAGCGCCACAUUUCGGCCUUCCACGCCAUUUCCGUUCUGCACAGGCAGUUCCACCAGCACCUCGUCCGCCAUGAUGCAAAUUCCUGGCGACA